GCCGCUCCUUCACCCUGUGGCUCCACUCCUGUGGCGGCAGAUGGGCGGCGGGUAGAAAGAAUCCCCUACGCCGCGGAAGGAGGCGGUGCCGGCUCGGCGUCGCGGCUCCAUCCGGGCACUGGGACUUCUUGGAAGUGUAGACAAUGGAGGACGAGGAAAAACAACUCCUGAAUGAAAAGCAAGUGCCAAACUCUGAGAGUGGUUAUGUGUGGCAUGUCACUGAUAUGAAUCGACUGCAGCGUUUCUUAUGUUUUGGUUCAGAAGGUGGUACUUAUUACAUCAAGGAGCAGAAGCUGGGCUAUGGAAAUGCAGAAGCUUUAGUAAGACUGAUUGAAGAGGGUAGAGGUUGUGAAGUUGUUCAAGAAAUAAAGACAUUCAGUCAAGAAGGCAGAGCAGCAAAACAGGAACCCCUACUUUUUGCUCUUGCAAUUUGCUCACAGUGUUCUGAUGCAAAAACAAAACAAGCAGCAUUUAAAGCUGUUCCUGAGGUGUGUUGCAUACCACCCCAUCUCUUUACUUUCAUCCAGUUUAAAAAAGAUCUGAAGGAGGGUAUGAAAUGUGGUAUUUGGGGCCGUGCACUGAGGAAAGCUGUUGCAGAUUGGUACAAUGGAAAAAAUGGCAUGGCUGUUGCUUUAGCAGUUACAAAAUAUAAACAAAGAAGUGGUUGGUCUCAUAAAGAUCUUCUGAGGUUGGCCCACCUAAAACCUGCCAGUGAAGGAAUUGGUAUAGUCACUAAAUAUAUUACCAAAGGGUGGAAAGAUGUCCAAGAAGCUUAUAAAGACAAAGCAGUUUCUGCUGAGACUGAAAAACUCUUAAAGUAUCUGGAGGCUGUGGAGAAAGUAAAACGCACAAAAGAUGAAUUGGAAGUUACUCAUUUAAUAGAGGAAUAUGGUCUAGUCAGAGAGCAUCUCCUGACAAACCACCUGAAAUCUAAAGAGGUUUGGAAGGCAUUGCUGAAGGAAAUGUCCAUUUCUGUAUUGUUGAGAAAUUUAGGAAAGUUGACAGCAAAUUCAGUGCUUGAACCACGAGGUUCAGAAGUGGCAAUAGUAUGUGAAAGACUGAGAAAUGAGAAACUGCUAAAAAAGGGUAGAAUACAUCCAUUCCAUGUCUUGGUUGCAUUAGAAAGCUAUAAAACUGGGCAUGGAAGCAGAGGAAAGCUUUGGUGGCGUCCUGAUGAAGACAUUUUAGAAGCCUUAGAUGCCUCAUUUUACAAAACAUUCCAGACAGUUGAACCAACAGGAAAACGCUUCUUACUUGCAGUUGAUGUCAGUGCAUCAAUGACACAAAAGGUUUUGGGCAGUGUACUCAAUGCUAGCACAGUUGCAGCAGCAAUGUGUAUGGUUGUGGCACGUACUGAGAAGGAUUCCCAUAUAGUUGCCUUUUCGCAUGAAAUUAUGCCCUGCCCAGUGACAACUGAUAUGACGUUGCCUCAAGUGUUAGUGAAAAUGUAUGAAAUUCCAGUGGGUACCACUGAUUGUUCCCUUCCAAUGAUAUGGGCUCAAAAAACACAGACAGCUGCUGAUGUCUUCAUUGUAUUUACCGAUAAUGAGACUUUUGCUGGGAAUACUCAUCCUGCAACAGCUCUUAGAGAGUACAGAGAGAAAAUGGGUAUUCCUGCUAAGCUGAUUAUUUGUGGAAUGACCUCAAAUGGCUUUACCAUUGCCGAUCCAGAUGACAGAGGCAUGUUGGAUAUAUGUGGCUUUGAUACAGGAGCUCUUGAUGUUAUUCGAAACUUCGCUUUGGAUUUGAUCUAAUUUUCUAGACAUCUGCUCUUCCUUGUGGGUCCAUUGCUGGCAACAGACUACACCCUGGGAAUUCCCAGCCAAAUACACUUCAUUAGAAUAUGGCACAUUAUAUACAUAUCAGAAUGUUACCUUUUUGUGAAGGGAAAACAAGAAAAGCAGAUGAGAAAUCUCUUUUUUCUUCCUGUUGCACACAAUUUAAAGUAACAGUGGGAAGUUUGCUAAAAGUAACUACAGGGUUACACAAUAUAUAAUUUAAUUUCAUUUAUAAUAGAUUAUAAGUACUGAGAGACUUUUAAUUCUCCCCUCCCUGCUUCCAACCUCACCCCUCCCUUCCCCCAUUGCUGUGGAAUGGCUUGUUUGCAAGAAGAUAUUGACUUACUGUUAGGAUGGGGCAGAAAAACAAAAAGUGGGGUUAGUAUUUUUAGUAAUGUCAGUUUAACAGCAACUUCAUGGAGAGGGAUUUUUCUUUGGUCUGUUUGUCAGUCUUUGUGUUUUAAACAAAUUAACAAGUUUCAACAGUUUCCAUUGUUACACUUCAGAUCUACAAAAGUAUUUACUGACACAUAUGAGACCAUGUGACUGUGAUGCAGUAUAAAAGCUGUCCAGUGAAAUUUUAUACUGAUGAAAGUGGAAGAGAUUAUGCUUAUCUUUUUCUAUCUAGAUUAUCAUCCUAGUUUUCAGGAUUAAAGUGUAAAUUGAGGUGUGGUUUCAGAAGCACUAUUUUUAAAUUAAUAUGAUUUACAGGAAGUUGUAAGAACUCUUCUUACUAGAAAAAGACGCUGGAAAUGGCUUAGAAGCUACAUUCAGUCCAUGUUAUAACUUCAGGAAGCAACAGCACACUUUAAGUGAGAACGAUCAACAGCUGCAUGUGUCUUGGACUGCUCUUGAAAGCUGAAUGGUAACAACCAGAAACAAAAAGCUGCAUUUUUUCCAAGAGAACGUAUUCAAUGAUGCAGAAAAAAUCUUCCUAACAGGAGAGUAUUUCAUUUUUUUUAAAAUCUUUUUGUAGAUUAAUAUCACUUCUGGUUUUCUUAAAUUAAUUCAAGCUUACAUUUUUCAAAACUACCUCCAGUUUAUAGUGACCAAUUCUUAAAAACUUUUAUGAAAUGUACAGCUGCCUCUUUCAUGUUCUCAAAGUCUUGCUUGGGAAGUGGUUGAAACUGGAUUUUUUUAUUUUAUUUCUUU